AUGUUCAAUUUUCCUUUGGCUCGACGUGUCCUACCUCAAACUGACACGCAGAAAGAGCAAGCAUCGUUCCUUGAGCGAAGGCUUGGGGUGUGGCGUGUCCUGGUCGCUGCUGACGAUUCAUCAUCAUUCAGGCUCCCAAAUCUUCAGUGGGGUCUUGUAUCGACGCAUAUCCCCCUCUUGACUCGAGCAUACAAGGAUUUUCACUCUAUCAGCCCUAGGCUUUUCUGGCUCCUGAUAGCUGCAAGUCUCUGGUAUGCAAUUGAGAACCCGUUGUCCCUCUAUUUCUCAAACCGCCUUCUACUUCUCAUCCAGCACUCUGUUUUGCAAGGCAAGAUUCACACGAGUCUGGACAGAGAUCUAUGUAUGGCUAUCAUCGCUCGAGCUUCAUGCUCCGCGGUUAGUGGAUUUGUGCGAUGGACUUCCGAUAAAGUGAAGGAUGAAUACCGCGUACUUGUCAGCUACCGAUUUCAAGAGUGGUUACUGCGAGCAAACCUUGCGCGCGAUCUUGAAACGUCCCAAGAUAACGAGGCGAAUCUCGUAGUCAACCCUAAGCGAGUGUUUUUCUGCCUCGUACGAUCACUUGACCUCGGAAAGGAGAUUAUUUCGUUUCUGCUUCAAUUGCGAUUAUUGUUGCAUCUCUUGGGCUCCGAAUUUGCGAGUGCUGGACCUGUCUCAGUCGUAUUAUGUCUUUUGCCCUUGAUAUUAGAGAAUAUGUGGGACAAUGAGCUCUGGAGCAAAGCUUACGUGAAACAGGCAGUCAAUGACGACUACUUGCGGAAGGAGGCCUUGACCUCGCUUACGGAAGACGCAUACAAAGCUGAGGUGAUGGGAGAGUACCAGAAGGUGCAAGAUGCACUCAGUCACAUUCCUAACGGAGACGUUGAGGAUUUGUGGGAAAGAUCAACGACCGCUCUGCCUAGUAUGUUUUCGAACCUCUGCAAUGACGGACCCAUUCUCUAUAUCGGGCUGUUAGCUCUCAUGAAUCCAAGUCAGGUAUCUGUCGUUCAGCUAGCUAUGCUAGAACAAGCCACCAUACGUCUUCGAUAUACAUUUUCCUUCGCUAGGCACAUCAUCCACUAUUAUCCGGCUGAAUUGGCCAGCUUGAAGAAUUUCUACACAGUUCUCGAUCUCAAGAACAAGAUGAAAGACGGCUCUAUGCCGUAUUCACCGGCAGCCGAUGCUUUGGGUCUCUCGUUAGAAGUUCGAAACGUGUCGUUCAACUAUCCCGGCGCCAAGUCUGAAAGAGAUGCGUUAAAGGAUGUCUCUUUUGCGAUAAAAGCAGGUCAAUUGGUAGUCAUCGUCGGAGCAAAUGGUUCAGGAAAGUCGACCAUACUCAAGCUCCUGACUCGCUGCUACGACGCUACUUCUGGCACUGUCUUAAUCGAUGGAAAUCCCAUCGAAGACUAUCGAAUCGCAGACUUGCGGUCUGUGACAGCCAGUCUAACACAGGAGCACACCUUAUUUCCCCUCUCUAUGAGCGAGAACAUUGGGAUUGGGUCACCAUCAUCUGUAACAGAUCUCGACAAAAUCACUCAAGCAGCGAAGUUAGCCGGUGCUCAGGACGUCAUCGAGAACUUCACUGACGGAUAUGACACCGUUCUUGAACCUGUCCAGACUGCUUAUCUUAGCUAUACCGGGAGUGGGAACGAGGCGCUAAAAAAGGAAUACGAGAAGAUGGAGAAAACAACGAACGUAUCUGGCGGAGAGAAGCAAAGACUAGUUGCCUCCCGGACCUUUAUGCGUAUGCUGUCCGAGGACAUCAAGUUUGUUAUAGUCGACGAGCCAAGUUCUGCCCUUGAUCCAGGGGGCGAGUACGAACUGUUCAAGCAGCUCAGGGAAGCACGCAAAGGAAGAACUAUGGUAUUCGUCACGCACCGUUUUGGACAUCUCACUAAGUUUGCCGAUCUUAUCUUGUGUAUGAAAGGAGGGAGUGUAGUUGAGAUGGGAACGCAUGCGGAAUUGUUGAGCCAUCAGGGAGAGUAUGCUCAAUUAUAUAAUGUCCAAGCGCAAGCUUUUAAUUGAGCUCACCAAGCCCACUAAGGAUAACCCUUAUAGCAAUCACGCCAGUAUAUGUUGGAUUACACUACGUAGCAAUAUGCUAGUAAAUUCCAUAUAUCUGACAUCCUCAAAUGCUGGCAUCGAACCGGCAGCACAACACUCCUCGGCCCUUGUGUGGGACUACACUGGCAGGCAAUCACGCGGCGGCUACGCCAGAGAGACUGAUACCUCACGUCAGUCCCAAGGGUGUCAUCUUUCCAUUACAUCAUUUACUGUAGAAGAAAAUUGCUGUUCGCACUUGCACAGAAGAC